AUGGCUACUCCUCUCGGUUUCCUUCAAGUUCGGCUUAAUACGUUUUUCAUCCAGCUCCAAGUUUUAUCCAGUUUUAUUUUGUCUAAAGCACGUGAUUGGAUGGGAGGGUUGCGUGUUCCACAACUCCAGGACACAGUAUUUGAGUUGAUGAAAUCACGCGUGGAGGAAGCGAGCAACUCGCUCUCUGCUGUUGACGUUUGUCCACGCGAGGGUAUUUCGACUGUGGGGCAAGGUCUAAUUGGCACAUGCAUAGUUGACUCUGCCCAAAUUGAUGAACAAGACAAACCAGUGCCCAGGGGUCAUCAUCGGCUUGUGAUUAAUGCGGCUUUUAUUGUAGUAGAAGGUGGCCUGACCCCUACAAUAUACAAAACCAGUAAGGAGGCCAAAUUAAUUAAGAAAAGUAGGUGA